UGCUGCUCCAUACUUCCCCCUUCACAGGGCCCUUCUCUCAAAGCCUUGUUCUUUACAAGAGGGACACACACACUGGCUACAAACUCAUGGCUAAACAAUCAACGAAUCAGUAUUCCACUGUUGCUCAGAUAGCUCUGAACACACCUGGAUCCAGAACUGAUCGAUCUUUGGCUUUCGACUUUCUUCUAAAUAGGAAAACCAAAGACCUUGAAAUCAACCUGGCGUCCCCAUGGAAGAAGGCAGCAUUCAAAGGAUCGAUGGCAUAUGAAAGUAAGAAGAUCGGCAUGAAGGGCAAUCUGAUUGUCGAUGAAUCGAGAGAAUAUGGCAUCAUCAGCGAAGUUGGUAUCAAGAAAGUAAGGACAUUUGUGACCUACAUGCCCCGCCUGGAGAUCAGACGCCCAGGAGCCAAAGUUAUCCUACUCAGUGGAACAGUAGAGGCUGAAGCACUUAAGAGAGCAAGUGCUGAAUUAACCCUCAAUGGAGUAACACCAAAUGCAAUCAGCUUUAGAUCUGCCUUACUGAACUCGAAAAUUGAGAAGAGUGUGAUGGGUACCUUCAGCCUUGCUCCAAAGCAGGACUACUUUCUCGAGGCUGGUUUGGUGUACCAGAACAGUGGCAGGAAGAAGUCCAUCAUCAAAGUCAUCCCAACAUUAACAGUCAAGACCCCCAAACUUCAACUCGUCUCUCUCUCUGGAUCAGGAGACUAUAAAGAGGGCAAAUCACUCAAGGGAGGUGUCUCUCUGGAUGUACACAAGGUCUUGGACAAACCAAUCACUCUGAAAUGUGACAUCAAGAAGACAGGUGGUUCUAAGAACAAGUACAGCGGAAGUGUAACACUUUCUUCCCGUUUCCUGGUCACCAAGCUUAGUGGCAACGUACAGACCAAGACGAGCACAGUCAGCACCUUUUUAACUCUCGACUACAAUCUGCCUAAGACGAAGUAUCAAAAGGACAAGAUCACAUUCAGCUCUAAAUACACUGAUCGUAGCACCAAGUCCCUCUGGAACUACCAGCUGAACACAAACUUCGAAGACAAGAGAUUCCCUGAGGUCAAUUUCUUCACGGAUCUUGACUUCUCUCACAACAACAAACACACAGAAGCUGGUGCAACAUUCCGAUAUGGACCUAAAUCCAAAGAUUCCUCCCGUCAGAUCACAGGCUAUGCUCUUGUUAACCAUGACGUUGGGUCCAAAGCCAAAGUUGACUACACAAUGAAAACUACUGUGGGACCACUGGAUGUGAAACUGAGCCUGAAAGGAAAGCAUAUCCAAGACAGUCGCAAUCUGAAUUCCACCAUGACAUUUGGCUAUGGCAAAGGAAAUACAAUUGAUGCUGCUCUCAAUCUGAGAAAUAGUGGAAAGAAGACACUGAAUCUCUUGGGUGAAGCAAGGCUUUCUUAUCCAGGCAAAGAACUCCAUCUGAAAACUGAUCUAAUCCAGUCCAAGAAAGACUACACACACUCCAUGACCUUCUUCAUGGACAAAGAAAAAUCUACUAUGGUAACAACCUACAAAAGACAGAGAGAUGCAGCCCACCAGGUGAAAUCUGACAUCAAGCUACAUUACAUCCAGCCAAUCCAACUGACUGCCUCCACUAACCUGAACAACAAGGACCUCAAGCUUUCUGCACAGGCCGAUUAUGCUGGUGAGGUUUAUGGAAUCAACACAGGCUAUAAAUACUCCAAGACGCCAAGUGCCAAGUGGAGCAUGGACAUUACAUACCCCACAAGACAUGUCAUUCUCCAGGUCGAGGGUGGAAGGCGAGGUGUCACAUACGAGGGCUCUGCUGAUGCUAAGUGGGAUGCUGACAAGGACAUUUCCAGGAGAUUCCUCCUCACAGGAAAACUCAACCUCAAGUCAUCUGGCAACUUUGCUUCCACUGUUGCAAUGAAAUACCCAACCAGAGAUGUGGAGUUCAAUAUCAAACAUGCUAGUGGCCAACAGUAUACUACACGUGCUGAUGUCUCUUGGGACACUGACAAGAAGAUCAAAGUAGAUACAUCCUUCAAAAAGGUCCAAACACGAAGUGGUCAGUCACUUGAUGGUUCUGUGAGAGUGAAGACCCCGUUUGAAGGAUAUGAAGAUCUAAUGGCCCAGGCCAGUAGUGACAACAAUGACAAGAAAUAUGGCUCCUCAAUGCAACUCUCCUGGGGUGGAAAGAAAAAUCAGAUCUCUUCUGCUGUCAGCAUGAAGAAACCCUUCUCUGUAAGAAACCUUGACCUGACUAUCACAGGAACAUCCCCUUUCAAAGGAUACAGAAGGUUCAGCACCGAAAUAGAUCACAGAAUGACAACUUCUCUUAACACCAUCAUUAAGGGAAGCUUAGAGGGAAAGAAUGCCAAGCUCAUUUUGACUGGGGAGAACCGAUGCACUGACCAGAAAAGGGACAUUGAGGGUACCGUGAAUUUCAAGUCCAACUUCAAGGGAAUGCGAGCUGUUAAUCUACGUCUUUCUCACAAUGAUGAUUUCAGAAAGUUUGUGACUGACAUUGCUCUGGAUGUCAAUGGCGAUCAAUACACCUAUGAUUUGGAUAUGGACCAUGCAAGAUCUGGAUGGCAGUUCCAAAACACCGGUAAGCUCACACUCUCUUCUCCAAGCUACCGGUUCACCAACAACUGGCAACACAGGAAUACUCACAAUGACGUGAAAAGUACAAUGACAACCGAAUGGGGCAGGGGCCGACGCAUCUUUGUCAACAUAUUUGGAAACCAUGCUUCAACCACCAGAACAAAGGCCUUGGGAGGAGUAACCAUUGAAACUCCAUGGAAACCAAUCCGCAGUCUUGACAUCAACCUUGACCAUGAACACGGAAGAGGUUUUAUCCGCCACUCCUCUAACAUCAAGCAAGGAGAGGAUAUUAUUGGGUCAGCAGGAAUCAACUACAUUAGAUCUGAUGGGCAAACAGAGUCGGACUUUACACUGGCAUCACCUGUGACCGACCUCAAAGGGAAGAUAAGUGCUCGCUAUCUUACUUAUCCACUUUCAGGACAUGCUGAAUUAGAAUGGUCUCCAUAUAACAAAAUGUCGCUUGAUGGUUCCUUUGCUGCUCCAUCUAAAGAGAAUAUUGAAACAAGUCUACGGAUGACAAGUCCUUUUGAAAACUUCAGAGACAUUGUCUUGAAGGCAUCUCACAAGAGGGAAGGAUCUGAUUUGAUAUCAAGAGGAAGUUUCAGCUAUGACAUCAGAAAGGCCUUUGAAUUUGAAGCACACAUUACUCCUGACACCCUGAACAAUUAUCGGGCAACACUGAAGACGCCUUUUGAUGACUACAAAUCUUUUGAGGCAGCACUUUCAUACGAUGGUGGCAGGAGAAACUUCAUGAGCAAAGCUAACUUUGCUAUCACUCCUGUUUUGGGAAACUUUGCUGGGAUCUUGAACUGGAACCUCGACGACAUGAAUGGAAAGAUGAGGAUAGAUACUCCAUUCCCUGACUAUCAGUACGUGCAGGUGUUUGCCAGCAGUGAACUUACAGGCAAGGGGAGACGCUCACACAUUGAAACAGAAUACUAUCCAAGGAAAACUGUUAGCCUUGAUGCUGUCUAUGCAUUUGGAACCCCCAUUAUCAUGGACGUCACCAUCAAGACUCCAUUUGAAAACAUGGAACACAUGAGUGCAUCCCUUAAACAUGCUCUCAGAAGACGCUCUCUACAAACACAUGCUGAUGUUACGUUUGCGUCUGACAGCAACUUGGCUGGCGAUCUGAAACUGAACUGGGCAAAGGGAUAUGAUGGCAGUCUGGUCAUCACCACACCUUUCCAUGGUUAUGAAAUCAACAAGCUAUCUGUCAGACAUGAGGGCACUUGGGAUGAUUUCAAGAGUCACGGAGAAAUUCAAAUGACAAGGAAAACUGGAGAAGUCGACCUUGAUUUCCGUCAUGGCUUUAGAUCAACUGGGACAUUCACACUCAAGACACCAUUUAAUGGCAUGGAAGAAACUAAAGUUUCACUUAACAAACGUGGCCUUUGGAAUAACAUACGAGGCGGUAUCAUCAUCACCUAUGGAAGAGAUCAAACAAUUGACAUCUCUGGCCAGAACAGAUUUUCCAAUGGACGCCUGGACACAACACUUCUUGUCAAAUCCCCCUUUUCGGAGAACAUCAAAUUUGGCAUAGAUCAUGAUGGCCAACUAAGAAGCUUCUCAACUAAGGUAUCUGGAGCUGUUGGAUCACGACACUCCUUCAACUCAGAAUCAGCAUUCACUUUCAGGUAUCCAUUGAUAGAUGUAUCUACCAACUUUGCCCUCACAAGAGAUUGGAGGAGCAGAAACAUUGGACUCAAGCUUCACAAAGAAGGCUACAUUAGUGACAUGAACGCCAAAGCAACUGGAAUUCUGGACAAUGAACAAGUUGAUGUGUCCUUUAUACUUAAGACUGAUGGCAAAUAUGAAGGAUCUCUCACCAUGCAGACACCAUUUGAAGACUACAAAGAUAUUGGACUCUCUCUUCAACAUUCUGGAAACGUGCAGAGGUUUACAAGUCAAGGCACUAUCAGGUACAUGGAUGGCAAGUCUCUGGAGGGCACCCUGACUUUCUGGCAAUCUGGCCUGGCUCAUAUUGAUACCAAAGCAGAAAUCAAGACUCCCUUCCUGGGAUAUGAAUCUUCCCUUCUCAAAUACCGCCAUUCAAUGGAUGAUUCUCAAAUGACAUCAAAUGCUCUCGUUCUCUAUGGACGUGGACAACGAAUUACAUCUGAUCUUAAUAUCCAAACAUCACCUAAGAUCAGCUUUGAUCUAACUGUUCAAACACCCUACGACAGAUUCCAAAACAAUAAACUUAUGUUUACUCAUUCUGGGCCUAUUGUCAGCUGCACAAGUCAUGCGGAAAUGGAAAUCCUGGGCAAUACAGUCACUGCAGAUUCAUCAUUUGAACACGGAACGUCCACCAGAGCCAGUCUCGCCAUCAUCACUAACAUCGAGGGUAUGGAAGUGGUCAAGGCAUCUCUCAACAAGGAGGGAAGCAGCGAGAACUUUAGAGGUACUGCUUCAGCCUCCCUGAAGGAUUCCACCAUUCAAGCCGAUGUCACAGGUAGAAUUGCACAAGACAUCAGAGGAAGCCUUUCUCUUAGAACCCCCUUCAGUGACUUUAGAGACACAGCCAUUGUCAUUGAACACACAGGCAACUGGAAUGAUUUUAAUAGCGAAGGAAUGCUCCGUUACAUGGAUGGCAAAACAAUUGAGGGUAAAAUUAAGUUCUUCAAUAAUGGAUACAGGCAGAUAAAAACAAGUGCCGAGCUGAAGACACCCUUCACUUCCUAUGAAAUGAUGACCGUCGAAUAUGGACAUGAUUCCAGGAGCAAUUACUUUAAAUCCAACUCAGCAGUCACCUAUGGCAACGGACAGAGGAUUACAUCAGACAUCUCCGCAGAUACAGCCAGAGAUAUCAAUGUAAAUGCUGUGAUCAAAACUCCCUUCAGGGACUUCGAACUUAGUAGAGCAAUCUUCACUUCCACUGGCCCUCUCAGAAAUAUGAAAAACAAUGCAGAACUUGAGUUUGCCAAGACCAGACUAACUGCACAGACCAACUUUGCAAACAUAGGAUCAACAAAAGGUGAUCUCGUUAUCACAACAAACAUUCCUGGUUAUGAAAGUAUGAAAGGUUCCAUUGGAGUGGAAGGGGAUCUCACUGAUCUGAAAUCUACAGCACUUCUUAACAUUAAAGAUUCUACACUUGAAGUAGAUCUCAGUGCAAGUUUGAAGAACAGAAUCAUGGCAUCUGUGACGAUCAGGAGUCCUUUCCAGAACUUCAGAAAUGUGGGAGGCUUCAUUGAGCACUCAGGAUCGUUAUCACGAUUUAAUACUGAAGGAAAUCUUCGCUACAUGGAUGGAAAAGUUGUUGAAGGCAAAGUCGUCUUCUUAAAAUCUGGACUGACACAUAUUCAAGCUAGCGCAGAACUCAAAACACCUUUCCAAGGAUAUGAAAGUCAAUCUGCAGAGUACAAACAUUCACUGAAGAAUGGCCGUCUUAGCUCCACCAUGGAUGUCAACUAUGGUCAGCGUCAACAAGUACUGAUGACUGUAAAUGGCAUGAUGUCACCAACAAUAGACAUUAGUGCUACACUGAGAACUCCUUUCAGAAGCUUCGAAACCAGCAGAAUCAUUUUCACCCACGAUGGGCCUAUUGGCAACUGCAGGAGUCACCUGGAACUGCAAGCUAUUGGGAAGACACUCACUGCAGAUUUGGACUGCCAAACUGGUAGUUCUAUGAGCGGUAACCUGAAUGUAGUCAGCAACAUUGAAGGAUUGGAGAGCAUGAGGGUAUCUUACAGUAAGGAAGGGGAUAUCAAUAAUCUCAAAGCUAAAGGAUCCAUUGGAAUCAGACAGGAAACAUUAGAAGCAUCUCUAAACAAUGUCUUCAGUUCAAGGCGACUCUUGACUGACUUAUCCAUCAGAAAUCCAUACACAGAAGAUAUUGUUGCACGUGUAGAUUUCAGUGGGAGACCAACCAACUUCAAAAAUCAGAUUUCAGCCAGCAUGGGCACUGGUGGUUCCAUCUCCUCGGACUCAUCCUUCCGGCUUAGAAAUGGGGAUAUUGAUAUCAGCUCAGGAUUUAACUUCAAUCUGGCGGGACUUGGACAGACAGGAAAUAUCAAAUUCCACAAAGAAGGAGAACUUAAGAAUAUGAAAAUGAGUAUCAAUGGUGAUUACAACCAGAGGAAAGCAAGUGUGAAAGCCGAGUUCAGAGCACUGGACGACAUCCAUGGUCAGGUCAAAAUCGCAACACCAUUCAGACCAUACAGAAACCUUGGCUUCUCUUUUGACCAUUCUGGUACAUGGACUCGUUUUACUUCUCAAAGUAUGGUCCAGUUCAUGGAUAGGAGAAAGAUCACUGCAAAAAUCAACCAUUUCAGUCAUGACCUUGAUCGUCUAGAAAGUAGCUUAGAAAUUACUACACCUUUCCAAGGCUACGAGUUCACAAAAGCUGAGAUUGAUCAUGCUGCAACAACUAAUGGAAUCAACUGUAAUGCUGCUGUACAGUAUGCACAAGGACAGAAAGUUACAGGAGAACUCCAUGCUACAAUUUCGCCAAAGUAUGACGUGGAAGUCAAACUGACUACACCUUUCAGACAAUAUGAGGUUCUCUCUGCAUCCACAUCAUUUGAGCAUGGAACUGACAGAUACAAUCUACAGAGCAAACUGAAUGCUGGAAAUGGCAAUCACUUUGGUCUUGAAUCAACUGCUGACAUGUCUACCACGCCCUACACGGCAGUUGCACGUAUCUCAACACCAUUUGAAAACUUUGAUUCUGCUGAAAUCUCUUUGACACAUGCUGGUGAACUACGGAAGUUCAGGUCCACAGGCACAAUACAAACUCCAAUGACCGGUACUCACACAGGUGAAGCGUCUUUCGGUUACACAUCCCUCUCAGAAAUGGAAGGUUUAAUAUCUCUUUCUGAUAACAUCAAGUUGGCUUUACACAACACCAACAGAAACCAGAAAUACCAAUCUCACAUUGAGGCUACAUGGAGUCCCACAGACAGAAUAGCUUUUGAUGGAUCCUACCAAUUCCUUGAUCUGUACAGUGAGAAAGAACUGACAACAGAUCUGACCCUGGUUACACCAUUUGAAGCUGCCAAAUUGACUGCUCUCAGGUUUGAACAUCAUCAAGGAUCGGAUAAAUAUACAGAGAAGCUGGAAGCUGAUUACAAUGGUGACAAUAUUCUGGAUAUGGACAUGGAGAUCUCCCGAGGUUCAAGGGAGCAGGGAACAUUCACAAUGAGGAAACCAAGGCCAAUGCAGCUGACUCUUUCAGGGGAAAUGGCUGAUGAGAACAUUGAUGGAGAGAUGUUUGUCAACUGGGACAGAGAUGAACCCGAGAGCAACAUCCGAAUCCAGACCACACUGACAGACAGGAGCAGACAGUCCCUGCUGAACAAAGACCUGACACUCAAGUUUAUUCAUCCCACCCGCACUGUUGGUAUCAUCGGAAAUGUCCUCAGUUCACAGCUCCAAACAAAGAGUCGUGGAGAAUUCAUCUGGAAUGAAGAUGCAGGACACAAACUUUUCUAUGAUGUGGAUGUUAAGGACCGUAGCCGCCGUAACAGCAAGAUGUAUGAUGGCACCUUCAAAGUGGGAUCCCCACUGAGAAGUCUCCAAAUGGAUGGGUCUUACAGUCAGACAGGUGCAAGCAAAACUCUGGAUGGAGCCUUCUCCUGGGAUGCAGACCGAGAUGACACAAAGAAGAUUGGCAUGAAAGCUGUCUUCACACCUGGUGACAAGAAUAAGCAGGCUGAUCUCUCUCUCAGACUUCCUUCUAUUGGAAAGAACAUCCAGAUCGACACAGAAAUGCUGCUGAAUGAUGGCAGGACAGUCUUCAAUGGAAAAACACAACUGUCCUACUCCAGUGACUCCCGAAAGACCCUGACACUUACAUCUCGACUGGAUGAUAUUUCCUAUGGAUGGGGUAACACCAACUACAGUCUUGUGGUUGGCGUAAGCCACCCAUAUACAGAUGUGGACGUCAAACUUACAUCCCACAUCGGCAGCUCCAGCGAGAAAGUAUCUGCUGGAACUGGAAUCACCUACCUAACAGCCAGAAGGGAAAGACAGAACUUUGCUCUCAGAGGCGAGAUCAACAAACUGAGAAAGCAGAUACAGCUGCAGAUGGAGACCCCAAUCAAGAACAUGGACCUCUCUGGUGAGAUGGAGGAAACUCCUUUCAAGCUGAAGAUCAGGAACAUGUAUGGAGACAAGAUUGUCCAAGCACACCUUACUGUUGACACCGAAAGGAGAAUGGUGGAUUUCCAAACUAACUAUGACCUAGACAACCCUGGAAAGACACUGAACAUGAAUGCCAGAUACGUCAAUUCAAGCGCCAUGCAGGCUGAGGUUUAUCAUCAGGACAAUUCUCGUCGACUUUCUGACAGUCUGCUUGCUCUCAGACUCAACACAUCCCGUCUUCUCCAUACCAGGAUAUCCUGGAGGCCACAGAUGAUCGCUGAUGUUCAGGGAUACUUGACCAAGACAGUGGAGACAUAUGGGCAAGAUACCAAGGCCUCUUUCCACUCUGUAUACGAGUCUGUGGGACAGGAAUUGUCCGGCAAGUACCACCGGAUUGCACAAGUCGCCAAAAAGGAACUGUCUCCUUACCUAACCAUGUUGGAAUCAGAGAUGGCUUCCAUAGAGAGACAGUUGGACUCUAUCAGGAGGGAUAUCAAGCGCAUGUACAACCGUAAUGACUUCUACAUAGCAGCAAUGGGAGAUUACUUCAGUCAGACAUUCGAAGCAUACAAGGACCUUGUGACUUCAACAAAGGAAGUGUUUGCUUCCACAAAUCAGAAACUGGCUGAAUACAUGCAGGAGAUGACAAACUUCCCCAUCGGACAAAAAUAUCAGGCCAUUGUUGCUGAAACCCUCGCCAACUUUAAGCGUGGUGUGGAUGAGCUUGUUGGAAUGACCGUGGUGAUGAUCUCAGGACUGGAUGAACAGCUGCAGAGUAUGAGGAACACUUAUCAUCAUCAUUACAACAACCUGCAGAAUUCGAUUACAGAGCUGAAGAACCAUCCUCGAUUGGCGACUGUCAGGCUUCAGGUUGCUGACACCUACCAGCAAUACCUCAACGCCAUUACCAACAAAGUACAGGACCUUAACAUCCCCAGCAAGUACAGCGCAAUUGUAGAGCACACACAGAAGAUGAUGACCUCCCGCCUAGGAGACAUCAUGAAGAGGGACGACCUCCAACAUCUGCUUUCCCUCACAAACGGUGCUUACCAAGAGGGUGUGUGGGCAUACAACUACUGGCAAGUAGAGGAGAACCUCAAGCAGCACCUGCAGAGCAUCUAUGAGAUCAUCAAGGAGAUGAUUGAGGAGGAGGUUCAGAAAUACAGGGAACAAUUGGUCUUUCUGGAAAAGUCCAAGGUCACAGUUUGGGAUCCUGAACAUGGAGAGAUCCAGAUAGACUUAUACCUGCCUAUUCCACUUCAAUCUCUGGACACACUUCCAGAAAUUCAGACGUAUGUUCAAAGGGCAAAGACUGCAAUCAACACAUACAUUCCAGACAAGGCAACGUACCAGAGAUACAUCCCAACAUCAUUGUGGCAGACACCCAAUGCUACAACGAGGAUCAAUCGUGAAAUGAAAACCUUGCCAAACGCCUCUCAGAGACGUCCCUUGAGAAGGUACAACGCCAUCCGUCUCUAAGACCACAGCCUUCCAACACCCAUUGAACCCUUACAGAAAAAUGAUCUAGACAAUGUAUUGACUAUUUAUAGUACCAAACGUUUUAUGUAAGAUCAAUGUUACUUGUAAACUGUACUGAACAAAUGAUAUAAGACAAACUAUUUGAAUAUUUAGUAGUGAAAAAUAUGUCUAUUAUGUUUGCUUGUAAACGAACACUUCCAUUAUGUGGAAUGUGUGGUGUCUUUUGUUCAGUAUAUGUUACAGAUAAGGUAACAAGUAGCAUGUAACAAAUUCCUUCCCAGUCCAAGAAUAAAUAUUUGCAUUCAAA